GAUAGUUGCUCUGCGGAAAAGGUCCGGGCGGAAACAGUGGGUAAUCAGAUGGAGCAACGAAGAGCCAAGGUUACUUUAUAUAGGCUCGUGGGAAUCCCGCGGGCGGCUCCAGUCAGAGUUGUAGGGUUUUGCUCAGGCUGGUGUGGAAAGACCCAGCGUGUGGGAAGUGGACAGUCCUUACUGUUGAGGCCUCAAGUCUUCUGUAGAGCUUGCCUGUUAGCUGAGGAGGUGGCGGAAGGGCUCCCUGGCGGGUCACCAUGUGGGCCUUCCCGGAGUUGCCGCUGCCGCUACUGGUGAACUUAAUCGGCUCGCUGCUGGGAUUCGUGGCCACGCUCACCCUCAUUCCGGCCUUCCGUGGCCACUUCAUCGCCGCCCGCCUUUGUGGCCUGGACCUCAACAAAUCCCGCCGGCAGCAGAUCCCAGAAUCUCAGGGAGUGAUCAGCGGUGCUGUUUUCCUUAUCAUCCUCUUCUGCUUCAUCCCUUUCCCUUUCCUGAACUGCUUUGUUGAGGAGGAGCAGUGUAAGACCUUCCCCCACCAUGAAUUUGUGGCCCUGAUAGGUGCCCUCCUUGCCAUCUGCUGCAUGAUCUUCCUGGGCUUUGCGGAUGAUGUACUGAAUCUACGCUGGCGCCAUAAGCUGCUACUGCCUACAGCUGCCUCACUACCACUCCUCAUGGUCUAUUUCACCAACUUUGGCAACACGACCAUUGUGGUACCCAAGCCAUUCCGCCCAAUUCUUGGCCUGCACCUGGAUUUGGGGAUCCUGUACUAUGUCUACAUGGGGCUGCUGGCAGUGUUCUGUACCAAUGCCAUCAAUAUCCUAGCAGGAAUUAAUGGGCUAGAGGCUGGCCAGUCGCUAGUCAUUUCUGCUUCUAUCAUUGUCUUCAACCUCGUGGAGCUGAAUGGUGAAUAUCGGGAUGAUCAUAUCUUUUCCCUGUACUUCAUGAUACCCUUUUUUUUCACCACCCUCGGACUGCUCUACCAUAACUGGUACCCAUCACGGGUGUUUGUGGGCGAUACCUUCUGUUACUUUGCCGGCAUGACCUUUGCCGUGGUGGGCAUCUUGGGACACUUCAGCAAGACCAUGCUACUCUUCUUCAUGCCCCAGGUGUUCAACUUCCUCUACUCACUGCCUCAGCUCCUGCAUAUCAUCCCCUGCCCUCGCCACCGUAUGCCCAGACUUAAUACCAAGACAGGCAAACUGGAGAUGAGCUAUUCCAAGUUCAAGACCAAGAGCCUUUCUUUCUUGGGCACCUUUAUUCUAAAGGUAGCAGAGAGCCUUCGCUUAGUGACAGUGCACCAGAGUGAGAGUGAGGACGGUACGUUCACCGAGUGUAACAAUUUGACCCUCAUCAACUUGCUGCUGAAAGUCUUUGGGCCCAUGCAUGAGCGAAAUCUCACGUUACUCUUGCUGCUGCUGCAGGUGAGGUUGGGGAUGGGGUCUAUACCUUCUUAUCUUACUUUUUCCAUGGUUCUUACUCUAGUCCAUUUCUCCUUGCAGAUCCUGGGCAGUGCUGUCACCUUCUCCAUUCGGUACCAGCUUGUCCGACUCUUCUAUGAUGUCUGAGUCCCCAGAUCAUUGCCCUCUCUCUAUCUGCAGUCUCUAGGGUUCCUGACUCAGGACGAGCUCUUGCUGGACCAAGGCUGCCUCCCAACCCAGGCCUCUCCCACCCUUCAUUCUCCUCCAUGUUUGUUCUCAGCAUUUCCUUUCCCCUGUGACCAUUGACAUGCUGGGCCGUUCUUGCCCUCUAAUGACUGUUGAUUGAGGUUUGCCUGUGGCUUUCUUCAGCUUGCCACUCUCCCUCUCCAUCCUGUCUUUGCAGCCUCUUGAGGUGGGAUACAGCAGCUUUUAUGCAAUUAUCCACAGCUCAACUUUCAGAGUCCUGACUCCCAAGAAAAAUGAUGGGCCUUGGGAUAGAACCUGCGCUGGGGAUAGGGACACAGCCAUGAAGGUGACUUGACAUUUAAUUAUAAAUUAAGUCUUCUGAUUAGUUAGAGCAGACUGGGGGGGCUAGGUGCUCCCAAUGGUGACAAUAAAGUGAUAUGUUUUUGUUAUUCCUAUAGGUAUAUUUCUUAUAUGGGCAUUUUAGAGUAGGAUGGGAGUUUUGGUGGGGGCAUCUCCUUAAUAGGACGCGUAUCUCUUUGCCUCAUCCUUUUUCUUUCAGUACACCAGUCCCCUUCUAGCGAGAAGUGAACAGAAAGACCUGAGACCAAACAGAACAUGUUGAAUAAAUAUUGAGAUCCUAAUACUUCAGGUGCUAAUACUUGAGGGCCUUAAGACUGGAGUUACCUGUUUUCUAGCAUGGGGUCUCAUUUCUUCCCUUUUUCAUUCUCCCUUUGCCAGAUAGGAGGAGGGAGUGGGGAGUGACCAGACCUGGGAGGGGAGACAGAGGUAGUUGCAGUGUUGACCCUUUUCCUUUAAAAAUCCUAGGC